UGACACUAUUUGUUUAAAAUUUCGGUAAAAUUAUGUCACAAUUACGUGAAAAAAAAACCACAUUCGAACACAAGUUGAUCGCAUUUCGGUCAGGCCGAGAAUAGCCAAUCCUAUUGUAAUCAAUUUUAUACCCUAUAAUUUGCGUUUCUGAUAAGCUGCAAUCUGUAACCUCUUUGCCUAAAUAUAGCAUUGACUAAACCUUCUGAAAAAGGCAUUUCAAAGCCUGUAGCUUCAUCAUGUAGGUCACCCACUAAGUCAAGUUCAUCGCUCUCGAAGCGCGGCAUAUCUUAUCACCAUAUGCUUGCCAGACAGCAUAGAUGGCUUAUCGCUAGUGCAUUCAGUAGUAUAUUUGACUUCAGUAUGAGUACAUCUGUUAUGAAGACGGAACCGAUCUUGUUAGUCCACGGUGGUGCUGGGGACAUUCCCGAUGAGAGGGUUCCAACAAAGAUGGCGGGAAUGAGGAAGUCUGUCUUAGUAGGAUUCCAAGUGCUGAAGGCCGGUGGCAGUGCGAUAGAUGCGGUAGAGGCAGCUAUUAAGGUCAUGGAGGAUGACGAGGCAUUUAAUGCAGGUUACGGAUCUGUCCUGAAUACUGAUGGUGAAGUUGAAAUGGAUGCUUGUGUGAUGUUAGGUAACUUGUCAGCUGGAGCGGUAUCGAUUGUCAGAGAUAUACAGCAUCCUAUAAGUUUGGCACGACUAGUAAUGGAGAAAACACCACACGUUAUGUUCGCUGGAGCUGGCGCCAACCGAUUUGCGAGAGAGCAAGGAGUACCAUUCGUGGCACCUGGCAGUCUCGUAUCGGAGUCCGCUAAGCGUUCCUUAGAGAUGUUCAAGAAAAACCAAGCUGAACAUUUGACAGAGACUGGACAUACUAAGCCUCCCGGACCAUUAAAGGAUGUGAAGAAUCCAGGUGACGUUGGAACUGUUGGAGCAGUGGCGAUUGAUAUAAAUGGAAACAUGGCUGCUGGCACAUCUACCGGAGGACUCAAUGGUAAAAUGGUGGGAAGGGUCAGCGACACUUCCAUGAUAGGCAGUGGUACUUACUGCGAUGAAGACGUUGGAGCAGUUUCUACAACGGGUCACGGUGAUACCAUUGCAAAGGCUUGUUUGGCUCACAGCAUCAUAAAAGAAAUGGAACAUGGAAAAUCAGCACAAGACGCGGCCUCACACUGCUUAGAGAAAAUGACCAAUCGACUGAAGCACACCGCAGGUGCGAUAGUGCUUUCGAAAGAAGGUGACGUAGGUAUCUACUUCACCAGCAAAAGGAUGGGUUGGGCGUACCAAAAAGGCAACAAGAUACACUCAGGAGUUAACCAUGAUCACGUGGUAACAGAGGAAGUCUAAUCAUCAUGCUAUAUAAUUAUGUUCGAAAUAAAACACAAUUGUAUUAUUAUCAAAGUGUGUAUUAAGAGAUAAGAAUUUCAUUCGACAAAAACAACAUGAAUAUUUACAGACAUAUCUAAGUGCUUCCAGCACUACUACAUCGCAUGCUAAAUAAAAUGUUUGCUUUCAUUUUUAAUUUCUACCAACAGUUGCUGAAUAGAAAUUUUCCCACACUGACACGAAUAUAAUACAAUUAAGAAUUAUGUUUUCAUCCAAGUUCAUCAUGAUACUGGGCACGAAUUAAAAGCACGAUACAAAUGUACAUGGUGUUCUCCGUACGUGCUUGUAGACAGUUUCAAGAAACGUACAGUUACUGUAUUUCUUAAAAAUAAAUGGAACGAUGCUUGAUCCUUCAACAAAAAAAUAAGCAAUGCACCGUAUUCUUACAUAUAAUAAAUUACUCGUUCCAAAUAAAAAAUAAGUGCAGUCAUCAUUGAAGUACUUUGUCUAUAACCUGAGUGUGUAGUCAACUGGCAGAGUGAUCUGAUAAGUUGUAGCAAUCACGGAUCUUUUCUUUAAAACUAAUGAGUGGAGCAAAAUGGACAUCUCGCUCAUGUGGCCAGAAACCCUGAGAACUUUAUAUCGAUGACCCGAUGAAAAACUCUUGUACAGUAAGUUCACAA